UUAUAUUAAUUUAUAAAAAAAAAUCAAUUAAAUAAAGCCAAUCUUCUUUAUUUUUCUUUAAAAGAAGAGAAGAGAAGAAGAUCAGCAUUUACAUUUAAGAAAAAUUGAGGUCCUUUAAAUUAUUAGUUCUUUGCACAAAGGCCAAAAAAUAAUGGCAGUGGAGAAAAACAAAAAAGUGGAUAGUGUGAAUGUGAAGCAGAGGAACACUAUAUUGGUUGGAAUUAAAAUUGAUGAGAGUGGCAAAGAGAUCUUGAAAUGGACACUUGAAGAUGUUGCAGAACAUGGCGAUUGUGUUGUUGUAGUUCAUGUUUGUUCAACUUCUCAUCGUGCCUUGAAAACCAAGUCAUCGUUGGAUCGGUACUUGGAACUUUUUAGUGAAUUCUGCUCAACAAAGAAGAUUGAGCUCAAAGGAGAAGUUUUGAAGGGAAGUUCAGUUCAAGAGGUUUUAGUUAAAGAAGCAAAUAGUUACAAGGCUAUAUCCAUUGUUGUUGGAGUUAAACAUCAAAGAAAAUUAAGUCUAAAAGUAGCUAAAGGCUGCGCAAAAGAGCUUCCUCCAACAACUUAUGUUUUGGCUAUCUAUAGAGGGAAUAUAGUCUUUAGAAGUUCCAACCAUUACCACCUACCUCUUGCUCAAAAUAUGAACUCAAGACCAAUUUCUGAACUUUCUGAUGGAUUUUCAGAUAAAGAAAGCCAAUUGAAAUCCGAAGAAUCAAGCAGAGGGCUCGAAAAAACUGUCCAAGAGAAGAGGAAGAUUUCAGGAAGAUCGCUAUCUCUUCCAUCAGUAGAGGUAAUGGACCAGAAACCGGGUUGGCCAUUGCUAAGAACAACCACUUUAGCUACUCCUCUGGCUCAACAUCACACUCGUAAAAUAUCUGUUGUCAAUUGGGUCAUGAGCUUGCCUGAACGGUUUCCUCAUCAUCCGAAUAUGACUUCUCAACUGAGUUUAUGCGAUAAAGAAGUUAAAGACAUACUAAAGGAAAUAAACAGAUGGUUUAGCUACGAUGUUCUUAAGACAGCAACAUCAGAUUUCUCUUCAGAGAAUCUUAUCGGAAAAGGAGGAUGUAACGAAGUCUACAAAGGGGUUCUUGAAGCUGGAAAAGCAGUGGCGGUGAAGAUCUUGAAAUCAUCUUUUAAAGAAGCAGUGAAGGAUUUUGUUCAAGAAGUGAGCAUAAUCUCUUCUUUGACUCACCAAAACAUCUCUCCUUUGAUCGGUGUCUGCGUUCACUACAAUGACCUAAUCUCGGUUUACAAUCUCUCAUCCAGAGGAAGUUUAGAGGAAACCCUUCAGGUUUCUGCAGGUAAGCAUGUAUUGAGAUGGGAAGAGAGAUUCAAGAUAGCAAUUGGGUUAGGGGAAGCCCUUGAUUAUCUACAUAACCAAUGUUCUAAUCCUGUCAUCCACAGAGAUGUCAAAUCUUCGAAUGUUCUUCUCUCAGAUGAGUUCGAACCCCAGCUUUCUGAUUUCGGGCUUUCGAUGUGGGGAUCCAAGUCUUGUCGAUACACUAUACAAAGAGACGUGGUGGGGACGUUUGGAUACCUAGCGCCUGAGUACUUCAUGUACGGAAAAGUCAGCGAUAAAAUCGAUGUGUAUGCCUUUGGAGUAGUUUUGCUAGAACUCAUAUCAGGAAGAACAUCCAUUUCAUCUGAUAGUCCAAGAGGACAAGAGAGUUUGGUCAUGUGGGCAAAACCGAUGAUCGAGAAAGGCAAUCUAAAAGAGCUCUUGGAUCCGAACAUAGGGACUUUCGAUGAAGCUCAAUUUCAUAAGAUGGUUCUCGCCGCUACACAUUGUCUCACAAGAGCAGCCACUCAUCGACCUAAUAUCAGAGAGAUACUCAAGCUGCUAAGAGGAGAAGAUGAAUUAGAGAAGUGGGUGAAGAAAAUAGAAGAAGAUGAAGAUUGUUUCGAUGACGAGGUUUACCCCAAUUCGAACACAGAAUUACACUUAAGCCUGGCUAUGGUCGACGUGGAGGAUAAUGACUCUGUUUCAGUCGGCAGCUUAGAGAGAAGUAACAAUAGUCUCUUUUCUUCUUCUUCUUCCUCUCAGGAGCUUCAGUCGUAAGUAGGGUUUGUGCUUAGUGUCUCGAGUUUGCUUGAGGAUCACGUCAUCACUCACGAUCUUUACAAUCAAAUCACGCUAGAUAUCAUUACUCUGACUUGGCUUUUGCAACCGUUGUCGAAAAAGUUUUUUUUUUUUGUAUAGAUGAGAGGAGGAGAAAUACUGAUAAAAGAUUUCUAAUGAUUUCUAAGCU